ACAAUCGUCUCCAAAAAUUUCCCGUGAGCAGGAUACAUUGCAAGGUUUGUUGAAGGAAUUAUCUACGCCCAUUAAGGGGGAGUCUGCCGAAAUUAAUGAUGAUUUUGUAGAGGGUUCUGAGAAUUCUAUAUCAAAAAAUUUAGUUCGUUUAUACCAAAAAGCAUGUAGCGCAGAAACGCGUGUGAUGAAGGCAAAUCAAGAGGAAAUUUCAUGUUGGUACCAUUAUGGGAAAGGAUAUGAGGAGAGAAUCGAUGAUAUUGUGAAAAAUGAGAAGGAG